AUGGUGCAUAGAGUCAAUAAAGCUGCUCUUCCACUUGCUCGAAAGAUGGAAUUGUCGCGGACCCUACUAGCACGGAUAUUAUGCUUCCGCCCUAUCCCAACCGCUUGGAUCACCCUGUCACAGCUAGCACGUGGUCGACAGGUAAAACAUCACUGUUGCGAUGAAUCUCCACAUCCAGAAGAAGUUCUCGCCUGGAUCGACUUCCUCUUGCACCUUACGCGGUACGCCCACGAAGGACAUGUGCGUGCCCUAGAUCGCCAUCUCGACAUCUCAGCACUUUUCGAGACCCUCGGCUUUGACAGCACCGACGCUGCUUCAAAAGCGGGGCUUCAAAUUGGGCCAGAAGCUAUUGGGAGCACGAGAUUGGUCUUGCUAACGCUUUUCCUGAAUCUGAUCGAUUGCGGAAUGUAUGGGUGCAUUGCAUCCGAGAUUCUUGCAAUGAUCGCAGCCUUCAAGCCGCCAAACGACGCAUCGAAGCUAAGACGCAGGCAUUUUGCUAUGGAUAGACAGACGCACCGUUGUUUUGGAAAUUGGCGGAUUAUUCCCUUUCCUAUGGCUGGUCCAUUGCUCAGUGCUCUGUUUCAAUGA